GUCCCCGUCACAUCUCUUUCUCACUCUCUCACUCUCUCACUAUUUCUUUCAGAGCUUCUGGUCUUUGUUUAGCCAUGGCUGUUUCUGUGGAACCACUGGUUGUUGGUCGAGUGAUAGGCGAUGUUAUCGACAUGUUUGUUCCCUCUGUGAACAUGUCUGUGUACUAUGGCCCCAAGCAUGUCACUAAUGGCUGUGAGAUCAAGCCUUCCAUGACCAUUAAUCCUCCAAAAGUUGCCAUCUCUGGCCACCUUGACGAAUUCUUUACUCUGGUGAUGACAGACCCAGAUGCACCAAGCCCUAGCGAACCCACCAUGCGUGAACUGGUCCACUGGAUUGUGGUUAAUAUUCCCGGUGGCACAAACCCAACUCGCGGGAAAGAGAUAGUGGCGUAUUUGAGCCCUCGUCCACCGGUGGGGAUACACCGAUUCAUCUUUGUGUUGUUCAAACAGAAGGGUGUGGUGAAUGGAUUGGAGCAGCCGGAUACUCGCAACAACUUCAGCACCAGAGCUUUCGCCAAUCAUCUGCAGCUCGGCGUUCCGGUGGCCACCGUCUACUUCAACGCUCAGAAGGAACCCGCUAGCAGGAGGCGCUGAAUCUGAGAUUUCGAUAUGAUACCUAUAUAGCUCUUGCAGUUCGGGAGAUUUCGAUUAGAUACCUAUAGUAAUCGUUAUGUUAUUUGUUUUUUCUCUCUUAAUUUGGGUUGGGUUGGGUUGGGUUGGGUUAUAGAGUAUAGUACUAGCUGUGUCUGUUUCUGUUGACAGGACACAAGUGUUAUCUAUUCUACAUAGAACUUGUUUUUACUUCUGUCAGCAUAAGAACCCAACUUAAUUAUAGACUGGUUAUAUAUAUAAUUUCUGAUCUA